AUGGCCAUCCAACGGGGGGACCAGAUUGCCCCAGCUGCUUCAUCCAGCACAGCCGACCCUUUGGUGAAGAAGUUUGGACAACUUCAUUUCCUCGAUGACAUAAUUCGUCUUCGAGCCUCAGAUUCAGUGCAAGAUCCUAUCUUGGCUUAUCCGAAUUCUGAGAAAGACGCGGCGUCUUACACAUAUUACACGGGACAAGAACUGGAUGAGAUGAUCAACCAGGCGGUCACAGUGUUGAUGAAGAAGGGAUAUGAGCCGGCCAAAGAUGAAGGGUGUAUAGUGGCACUCUUGACCCCAUCUGAUCUGCACAUGGUGAUCACAUUCUUCGCACUGAGCCGAUUAGGAUAUACAAUCAUGAUGUUAUCCCCAAGACUAUCCGCGGAAGCUUGUGUAUCAUUACUGGACACUGUAAACUGCGACACCGUCCUCUACGGCAAUACUGGCGACAUCCGCUCCACUAUGGGUGGAAUUUUGCAACGAAAACUUGUGAGCUGUCGUCCGAUGCCAAACGCCUCCUUUAGCAACACAGAAUCCUCGAUCUUGAUUCUUCGUCGAAAUCGCCACUCUGAGGCACUAAGAAACAGAAUUGCGUUGAUUCUUCAUUCGUCUGGCUCCACCGGUACACCCAAACCUCUCUAUCUCACCCACCGAGCGUUGAUGACCCACCCUCUUCGGGGACCUGGAAUGACUUCCUUCAAUCCCCUCCCUUGGUACCAUCUUCACGGACUUUCCACGGCAUUGCAGGCGAUUUGGAUGAGGAAGACGGCAUAUAUGUGGAACGCCGCUUUGCCACUGACAGCAGAUUCGGUGGUCUCUGUUUUGGAGGCUGCUCGGCCUGAAUCUGUAGCUGCCGUUCCAUAUAUGCUGCAAUUGCUGGUGGACAACCCCCGUGGUAUUGCAGCACUGCGGGGGUGUAAGUUGGUCACUUACGGGGGUGCACCAUGUCCAGAUGAGUUGGGAGAUCGUCUGGUGAGCGAUGGUAUUCCCUUCGGAGGAUCAUUUGGCCUUACCGAGGCGGGUUUGGUCGCCGAAUCCAUCUCUAGACCUCCAGACGACCCAUGCUGGAAUUAUCUACGAUUUUUCGACAACAUUCGACAGUACAUUUGGAUGAAGCCGAUUGGUGACUCCCUGUAUGAGUGCGUCUAUCUCAAAGGGCACCCCGCAUUGACAACAUCCAACUCGGACGAGCCACCAGGCUCAUUCCAUUCCAAGGACGUGUUCACUCCUCAUCCAACAAUUCCAGAUCGAUGGAAGUAUGCCUCUCGGUUGGACGAUCGCAUUACGCUUGUGAAUGGAGAGAAGGUUCUUCCACUGCCCAUUGAGGGGUAUAUCAAGCAAGAUGUUCUGAUUCACGAGGCGGUGAUUUUCGGGCUCGGAAAGGCCGUACCUGGUCUAUUGAUCUUCCAAUCCCAAGAAGCUGGCGAUGCGAACAUCUCAAACGAUCAAUAUAUUGAUACAAUCUGGCCAACUAUUGAGGGUGCGAAUGCUCGCGCUGAGCGUUUUUCUCAAAUCUCUCGAGACAUGAUUGCAGUCUUGCCUUUUGCUUCCAAAUUUCCUCGAACCGACAAGGGCUCCAUGAUUCGGGCGCAGGUAUAUCUACAAUAUGCAGAGGUCAUCGAAAGUAUCUACAAAAAUGCAGAGCAAGUGGUGGGCGACCUCCGUCUUGAUCUUACAGGAACACAAUCUCGUCUCAUGGACUUCUGUCGAGGGAGUCUCGGAGUUUCCCUUUCUGGCGUGGAAGCCGAUUUCUUCGCUGAAGGUAUCGAUAGCCUCAAGGCCAUCCAUCUCCGACGACUAAUUCUCCAGAAUUUCUCCUUUGAUCAAGAUGCACUCCCUCAAAAUGUGGUUUACGAGACUGGCAAUGUCUUGCGCCUGGCAAAGCAUAUUUGCGCUAUACAAAAUGGGGAAAGUGUGGUGUCGAAAGACACCGACGCAGACUUUGUGAAGAAUCUAAUACAGAAAUAUUCUUCGUACCAACGACACAUCCCUCGAUCGGAAGUUGAUACAACUACAUGUUCCGUGAUCUUGACUGGAGCAACCGGUUCAAUCGGCGCCCACACUCUAUACGAGCUGCUCAACGAUGCUUCCAUUACAACUGUGUUCUGCCUGACACGGAGAACAGCUCCGCUAGAGGCCAUUAUCCGCAGUCUGAUCGAAAAAGAUCUCUUUAUCACUGCAGAGCAAGCUGCCAGGAUCGUCGCGCUGAAUAGCAGCCUUGAUGAGCCCGAGUUUGGUCUUGGUGACGAACUCUUGAUACGCUCCAUGAAAGAAUCUGUGACACAGAUUAUCCAUGCAGCAUGGCCGGUCAACUUUAAUCUUGCGCUCGCCCAAUUCGAGCCACAUAUCCGAGGACUCCACAAUCUCAUCCAAUUUUCGCUGUCCGUACAACGACCUGAGCCCGCCACAUUGGUCUUCUGUUCCUCAAUCUCAACAGCCCUAGCAUCCCCUUUGACUGAAAUUCCAGAAGGCCCCAUAUGCCUCGACAGCGCAUAUAUGGGUUAUGGACAAUCCAAAUUGAUCGGCGAGCACAUAGUCAGCGUCGCACGCGCAUCAGGAGCCAGAGCCUUCUCACUCCGAAUUGGACAAGUAUCGGGCCACUCAAAAAAGGGUCUGUGGAACGACAGCGAAGCUUUACCAUUGCUGAUACGGUCAGCAUUGACGUUGAAAGCACUACCGGAAAUGGACCAGCCAUGUUCCUGGCUCCCCGUCGACAAAGUUGCAUCGACGAUAAUCGAGCUGACGAAGACUUGCUCGGCCCCAGGUGAGAAAAGUACGGAGGGUGACACGUCCCGUUCCACCGAAACCAGCGCAGAUGAUUCUAUUUACAACGUGUGUAACUCGCGUGAGUUCUCGUGGUCCGCAAUGCUAGAGUCCUUGUCCCGAAGUGGAUUCCAAUUUGAGACCGUAUCCAUGGAGAAAUGGUUGGACAUGCUACGUGAGAGUGAGCUUCGUGGAGAGGAAUAUGUCAAUCCGGCUGUGAAGUUGAUCGGACAUUACGAGGCGAUGUAUGGAGGAAAGUCAUCGGGUGUGCGGCUUGGGCCGAAAGUGUUUGCCACGGCCAAGGCGGAAAGAGAUAGCGUCACCUUACGCAACGAUCGCUUGAGAAUUAUUGAGGACGGUAUUCUGAAUUGCUAUGCGCGAGAUUGGCUGAGUCGGUGGAUGACUCCACAGACUGAACAUCAUGGCAUCAGGUAG